AGAAAGUGUCAAUUUUCAUCACAUACAUUUCUACAUUUAUUUGCACUUAGGCUACUCGGUACUACUCAGAGCUACAGGAAAAACACUACCUUAUCAAUUUGUUUGUCUAAUAAACAAGGCAGCUCUUCAUGAGAAACUGAACUAAACUCUUCUGUAUCACUAAUUUAAAGACUAGCAUCCCUUUAAAAUGAUAAUGUGAGUAGAACAGGAUAUAAGUUCUGCUUUCUGCCUGUUUGGGGUUAUCAGAUACUAGCUUUAGUAGUCACAUCCUGUGCUGUUAGGCCUUUGACCACAUUAACACCCAGGUCCCUCUGACUAGCCUCUUGCUCACAUAUCUAACUUGCAUCUAAGUGAAACUACAUUUAAGGACAUUUUAAAAAGCAUAUAUUUUGAGUUGCAUCUCAUGUAAAUCAAUGGUAUGCUCAGAUUUAGUUUUCAAUUUAACUUUUUACUUUAAACCUAGAUAUAAAUAUUCAAAUGUUGACAGGAUAAAAUGUAAACAAAUGAAAUACUGAAUUAGGUUAAGUGUGUGUGUUUCUGUGAGAGAGAUCGAGGGAUGGCAUAUCAGCACAUGUAGCUCCUCCCCAGUGUCCUUUGGUUCUGUUCUGAUGGAUGGUGAUAAGUCAUCAGCUCAUACUCGGUGACUUUUCUACACUCAGACAAUUUCCAUAUCAUUCAGUCUCAUAUUUAAGGUGUUUGAGCUCACGGGCAGUAAAGGCUUCUUGUGCACUUCACAAAUCAGGUCUAAACCAACCCAGAGCAAUUCUCUCCUAAACCUGCACUCAUUAUGAGAAGGACUGCAUACAUAAUGAUCCCCAUGAAUGGACUAUUCGGGUUUGUUGAGGGGAAUCAAGACUGCAGUUCAUGUUACCAGUUUAACAUUGGAGUGGCUAUCGGGAUCAUCACUUGUGACAUCAUCCUCACACUCCUCAUUGCUCUUUCGGUCUACUGUUUCAUUUCUCAUCAGAAAAGAAGAGGCAGUUUACAUACACAUGCCAGAUGCUGUGGGUCAGGUAGAGCAAAAACUCAGCAGACAUCAAUGAGGCCAAAGACGAUUGAAGUGGAAUCACCUUAUCAGGAACUUUAUGGAGUCCAAUCAGAAAUAUACAGUGAUCUUCAGCAAUAUCGGAAAUGAGGAGGCUAUGUGACAUGUAUGGUUAGUCGUGGGUCUUGUGCAAACCUGAGAAUAUUUGUAGUUUGCAUACAUUUUUAAACUGUGUCACAUGUGUAUUUGGCAUAAAUAAGCUACAAUAAAUAAUUUUAAAUGAAUUAUUUUUUUUAAUCCAUGUGCUUGGACAUUGUUGCAUAUAUAUAAACCAUAAAAAUAAAUAUAUUUUCAUAAUUUGUGAAAAGGAAAUGAUCUUUGAGAACUUGCAGUUUUUAAUAUCACCGUAAAAAAUAAUCUUUGUCUUUUUUUAAAAUCCAAAACCUUUGUAAUCUGAAUAGUUAUA